UGUCCUUUCGUCCCUGUCCAGUUUGAGGACCGGCAGGAGUGCGGGCUGCUGGGCGGGAGCCUUGUCGGUCCUGGGCCCGUGGAGGGAGGUGAGACCCAGCAGCCCUGCCCCACCAUCUGAACCCCCCACCUGAGUGCUGCCCAGUGCCCCCGGUAGAGACAGGUUCCCCACCUCCCCCCUCCCACCACCAUGGAUCACUCCUCGUUCAGUGGAGCGCCCCGCUUCCUAACGCGGCCCAAGGCCUUCGUGGUGUCGGUGGGCAAGGACGCCACGCUGAGCUGCCAGAUUGUGGGCAACCCGACGCCACAAGUGAGCUGGGAGAAGGACCAGCAGCCGGUGGAGGCUGGCGCUCGCUUCCGCCUGGCCCAGGACGGUGACCUGUACCGCCUCACCAUCCUGGACCUGGCGCUGGGAGACAGCGGGCAGUACGUAUGCCGCGCGCGCAACGCCAUCGGCGAGGCCUUCGCGGCCGUCGGCCUGCAGGUGGAUGCGGUGGCGGCGUGCGCCGAGCAGGCGCCGCACUUCCUGCUGCGGCCCACGUCCAUCCGCGUGCGCGAGGGCGCCGAGGCCACGUUCCGCUGCCGCGUGCGGGGCUCGCCGCCUAUGUCGGUGAGCUGGGCCAAGGACGGGCGGCGCCUGGGCGCGCCCGACGGCCCCCGCGUGCGCGUGGAGGCGAGCGGCGAGGCGAGCGCGCUGCGCAUCCAGGCCGCGCGGCCGCGCGAUGGCGGCACCUACACGGUUCACGCCGAGAACCCGCUGGGCGCCGCCAGCGCCGCCGCGGCGCUCACGGUGGAUGCGGACGCCGAUGCGGUCAGCCCACCGGGGGCCUCCACAGCCAUGCUCCUGGCGCACCUGCAGCGGCGGCGCGAAGCCAUGCGCGCAGAGGGCGCCCCGGCCUCGCCGCCGUCCAGGGCUGGCACACGCACCUGCACGGUGACCGAGGGCAAGCACGCACGCCUCAGCUGCUACGUGACGGGUGAGCCCAAGCCGGAGACGGUGUGGAAGAAGGAUGGGCAGCUGGUGGCCGAGGGCCGGCGACACGUGGUGUACGAGGAUGCCCAGGAGAACUUUGUGCUCAAGAUCCUCUUCUGCAAGCAGUCAGACUGUGGCCUCUACACCUGCACGGCGUCCAACCUCGUGGGCCAGACCUACAGCUCCGUGCUGGUCGUCGUUCGAGAGCCCUCUGUUCCCUUCAAGAAGCGGCUGCAGGACUUGGAGGUGCCAGAGAAAGGUUCGGCCACGUUCCGGUGUGAGGUGCCGCUGCCAGCCACGGAGUCCGCGUGGUACAAGGAGGAGACGCGGCUGUGGGCCAGCGCCAAGUACCGCAUCGAGGAGGCAGGCACCGAGCGCCGGCUGACCGUGCUCAACGUCUCCUCUGAUGACGAUGCUGUGUACAUCUGUGAGACCGCAGAGGGCAGUCGCACGGUGGCCGAGCUGGCGGUGCAAGGCAACCUCCUCCGAAGGCUCCCAAGGAAGACAGCUGUGCGAGUGGGAGACACAGCCAUGUUCUGUGUGCAGCUGGCCAAGCCAGAGGGCCCUGUCUCCUGGCUGCGGAACCAGAAAGAGAUGGUGGCCGGGGGCCGAGUGGCCAUCACUGCCGAAGGCACGUGCCACACGCUGAUCAUCUCCCAGUGCAGCUUGGAGGAUAUGGGUGAGGUGGCCUUUGUGGCUGGGGACUGCCGGACAUCCACCCAGUUCUGUGUGUCAGCUCCCAGGAGACCACCCCUACAUGCUCCUGAGGGUCCUGUGGUGAAGGCCAAGACAGAGAGCUCCGUGACCCUCAGCUGGUCCCCGCCACCCCACGGCGACCGCCCUGUGGCCAUCGAUGGCUACCUGGUGGAGAAGAAGAGACUGGGCACCUAUACCUGGAGCCGGUGCCACAAAGACGAGUGCGUGGCCACACCUGAGCUGACUGUGGCUGGUGUGGCUGAGGAGGGGGAGUUCCAGUUCCGGGUGUCAGCUGUGAACACCUUUGGCCAGAGCCCCUACCUUGAGUUCCCGGGGACUAUACACCUGGCCCCCCAGCUGGCUGUGAAAACACCUCUGAAGGCAGUGGAGGCAGUGGAAGGAGGUGAGGUGACCUUCUCCGUGGACCUCACUACGGCCUCGGCAGGCGAGUGGUUCCUGGAUGGGAAGGCCCUGAGGGCCAGCAGCGUGUACGUGAUACACUGUGCCGGCACCCGGCACACUCUCACCAUCCGCUCGGUGCCUGUCAGCCUGCACGGCGCUGAGCUCAAGUUCGUGGCUAACGGCAUCGAGAGCAGCAUCCGCAUGGAGGUCCGAGCCCCGGGGCUGACGACCAAGCGUCCAGCAGCGGCGGCAGCAGCAGCAAGGGAGGUGCUGGCCCGGCUGCACGAGGAGGCCCAGCUCCUGGCCGAGCUGUCGGACCAGGCUGCAGCUGUGACAUGGCUCAAAGACGGACACACGCUGCCCCCAGGCCCCAAGUACGAGGUGCAGGCAUCAGCCGGCCGGCGCGCACUGCUGGUGCGGGAUGUGAAGCGAGAAGACGCGGGCCUGUAUGAGUGUGUCAGCCACGGGAGCCGCAUUGCCUACCAGCUGUUGGUGCAAGGCCUCACACCUUUUCUGCACAAGGACACGGCUGGUGGCUGUGUGGACGCUGUGGCUGGGGGCCCAGCCUGCUUUGAAUGCGAGACUUCAGAGGCCCACACGCGUGUGCACUGGUACAAGGACGGCGUAGAGCUCAGCAAAGCCAGCCAGCGCUUCUCUCAGGAAGAUGAGGGUACGCGGCACCGACUGGUGGCUGCUUCUGUCACUGCGCGGGAUGAGGGCACCUACUCCUGCCGAGUGGGAGAGGACUCUGUGGACUUCCGGCUGCGUGUCUGCGAGCCCUCGGCGGUGUUUGCCAAGGAGCAGCCGGUGCGCAGUGAAGUGCAGGCCGUGGCGGGGGCCAGUGCCACGCUGAGCUGCGAGGUGGCCCAGGCCCAGACGGAGGUGACAUGGUACAAGAACGACAAGAAGCUGAGCUCCAGCUCCAAAGUGCGUGUGGAGGCCACGGGCUGUGGGCGGAGGCUGGUGGUGCAGCAGGCGGGCAAGGCGGACGCCGGGGAGUACAGCUGCGAGGCUGGGGGCCAGAAGGUCUCCUUCCACCUGGACGUCACAGAACCCUCACUGGUGUUUGCCAAGGAGCAGCCGGCGCGCAGUGAAGUGCAGGCCGUGGCGGGGGCCAGUGCCACGCUGAGCUGCGAGGUGGCCCAGGCCCAGACGGAGGUGACGUGGUACAAGGACGGCAAGAAGCUGAGCUCCAGCUCCAAAGUGCGUGUGGAGGCCGCGGGCCGCACCCGGAAGCUGGUGGUGCAGCAGGCGGGCAAGGCGGACGCCGGGGAGUACAGCUGCGAGGCCGGGGGCCAGAGGGUCUCCUUCCACCUCGGCGUCACAGAGCCCUCGGUGGUGUUUGCCAAGGAGCAGCCGGCACACAGUGAAGUGCAGGCCGUGGUGGGGGCCAGUGCCACGCUGAGCUGCGAGGUGGCCCAGGCGCAGACGGAGGUGACGUGGUACAAGGACGGCAAGAAGCUGAGCUCCAGCUCGAAAGUGCGUGUGGAGGCCACGGGCCGCACCCGGAGGCUGGUGGUGCAGCAGGCGGGCAAGGCGGACGCCGGGGAGUACAGCUGCGAGGCCGGGGGCCAGAGGGUCUCCUUCCGCCUGGACGUCACAGAGCCCUCGGCGGUGUUUGCCAAGGAACAGCCGGCGCGCAGUGAAGUGCAGGCCGUGGCGGGGGCCAAUGCCACGCUGAGCUGCGAGGUGGCCCAGGCCCAGACGGAGGUGACAUGGUACAAGGACGGCAAGAAGCUGAGCUCCAGCUCCAAAGUGCGUGUGGAGGCCGCGGGCCGCACCCGGAGGCUGGUGGUGCAGCAGGCGGGCAAGGCGGACGCCGGGGAGUACAGCUGCGAGGCUGGGGGCCAGAGGGUCUCCUUCCGCCUGGACGUCACAGAGCCCUCGGCGGUGUUUGCCAAGGAGCAGCCGGCACACAGUGAAGUACAGGCCGUGGCGGGGGCCAGUGCCACGCUGAGCUGCGAGGUGGCCCAGGCCCAGACGGAGGUGACGUGGUACAAGGACGGCAAGAAGCUGAGCUCCAGCUCCAAAGUGCAUGUGGAGGCCGCAGGCCGCACCCGGAGGCUGGUGGUGCAGCAGGCGGGCAAGGCGGACGCCGGGGAGUACAGCUGCGAGGCUGGGGGCCAGAAGGUCUCCUUCCGCCUGGACGUCACAGAGCCCUCGGCGGUGUUUGCCAAGGAGCAGCCGGCACGCAGUGAAGUACAGGCCAUGGCAGGGGCCAGUGCCACGCUGAGCUGCGAGGUUGCCCAGGCCCAGACGGAGGUGACGUGGUACAAGGACGGCAAGAAGCUGAGCUCCAGCUCGAAAGUGCGUGUGGAGGCUACGGGCUGCACCCGGAGGCUGGUGGUGCAGAAAGCAGGCAAAACAGAUGCCGGGGAGUACAGCUGCGAGGCCGGGGACCAGAGGGUCUCCUUCUGCCUGGACGUCACAGAGCCCUCGGUGGUGUUUGCCAAGGAGCAGCCGGUGCGCAGUGAAGUGCAGGUUGUGGCAGGGGCCAGUGCCACGCUGAGCUGCGAGGUGGCCCAGGCCCAGACGGAGGUGACGUGGUACAAGGACGGCAAGAAGCUGAGCUCCAGCUCGAAAGUGCGUGUUGAGGCCACGGGCCGUGGGCGGAGGCUGGUGGUGCAGCAGGCGGGCAAGGCGGACGCCGGGGAGUACAGCUGCGAGGCUGGGGGCCAGAAGGUCUCCUUCCACGUGGACGUCACAGAGCCCUCGGCGGUGUUUGCCAAGGAGCAGCCGGCGCGCAGUGAAGUACAGACCAUGGCGGGGGCCAGUGCCACGCUGAGCUGCGAGGUGGCCCAGGCCCAGACGGAGGUGACGUGGUACAAGGACAGCAAGAAGCUGAGUUCAAGCUCGAAAGUGCGUGUGGAGGCCACGGGCUGCACCCGGAGGCUGGUGGUGCAGAAAGCAGGCAAAGCAGACGCCGGGGAGUACAGCUGCGAGGCCAGGGGCCAGAAGGUCUCCUUCCACCUGGACAUCACAGAGCCCUCGGUGGUGUUUGCCAAGGAGCAGCCGGCGCGCAGUGAAGUGCAGGCCGUGGCGGGGGCCAGUGCCACGCUGAGCUGCGAGGUGGCCCAGGCCCAGACGGAGGUGACGUGGUACAAGGACGGCAAGAAGCCGAGCUCCAGCUCGAAAGUGCGUGUGGAGGCCACGGGCCGCACCCGGAGGCUGGUGGUGCAGCAGGCGGGCAAGGCGGACGCCGGGGAGUACAGCUGCGAGGCCGGGGGCCAGAGGGUCUCCUUCCGCCUGGAAGUCACAGAACCCUCGGUGGUGUUUGCCAAGGAGCAGCCGGUGAGCAAUGAAGUACAGGCCGUGGCAGGGGCCAGUGCCACACUGAGCUGCGAGGUGGCCCAGGCCCAGACGGAGGUGACGUGGUACAAGGACGGCAAGAAGCUGAGCUCCAGCUCAAAAGUGCAUGUGGAGGCCACAGGCCGCACCCGGAGGCUGGUGGUGCAGCAGGCGGGCAAGGCGGACGCCGGGGAGUACAGCUGCGAGGCCGGGGGCCAGAGGGUCUCCUUCCACCUGGGUGUCACAGAGCCCUCGGUGGUGUUUGCCAAGGAGCAGACGGCACACAAUGAAGUACAGGCCGUGGCAGGGGCCAGUGCCACACUGAGCUGCGAGGUGGCCCAGGCCCAGACGGAGGUGACGUGGUACAAGGACGGCAAGAAGCUGAGCUCCAGCUCGAAAGUGCGUGUCGAGGCCACGGGCUGCACCCGGAGACUGGUGGUGCAGCAGGCGGGCAAAGCAGAUGCUGGGGAGUACAGCUGCGAGGCCGGGGGCCAGAGGGUCUCCUUCCACCUGGGCAUCACAGAGCCCUCGGUGGUGUUUGCCAAGGAGCAGACGGCACACAAUGAAGUACAGGCCGUGGCAGGGGCCAGUGCCACACUGAGCUGCGAGGUGGCCCAGGCCCAGACGGAGGUGACGUGGUACAAGGACGGCAAGAAGCUGAGCUCCAGCUCGAAAGUGCGUGUCGAGGCCACGGGCUGCACCCGGAGACUGGUGGUGCAGCAGGCGGGCAAAGCAGAUGCUGGGGAGUACAGCUGCGAGGCCGGGGGCCAGAGGGUCUCCUUCCACCUGGGCAUCACAGAGCCCUCGGUGGUGUUUGCCAAGGAGCAGACGGCACACAAUGAAGUACAGGCCAUGGCAGGGGCCAGUGCCACACUGAGCUGCGAGGUGGCCCAGGCCCAGACGGAGGUGACGUGGUACAAGGACGGCAAGAAGCUGAGCUCCAGCUCGGAAGUGCGUGUCGAGGCCACGGGCUGCACCCGGAGACUGGUGGUGCAGCAGGCGGGCAAAGCAGAUGCUGGGGAGUACAGCUGCGAGGCCGGGGGCCAGAGGGUCUCCUUCCACCUGGGCAUCACAGAGCCCUUGGCAGUGUUUGCCAAGGAGCAGCCAGUGCAGAGUGAGAUGCAGGCCGUGGCGGGGGCCAAUGCCAUGCUGAGUUGCAAGGUGGCCCAGGCCCAGACGGAGGUGACAUGGUACAAGGAUGGGAAGAAGUUGAGUGCAAGCUCGAAAGUGCACAUGGAGGCCAAGGGUUGCACCCGGCAGCUGGUGGUGCAGCAGGUGGGGAAGGCGGACGCCGGGGAGUACAGCUGCGAAGCUGGGGGCCAGAGGGUCUCCUUCCGCCUGGAUGUCACAGAACCUAUGACGAUGUUUGCCAAGGAGCAGCCAGUGUGCAGGGAGAUACAGGCCAAGGCAGGAGCCAGUGCCACACUGAGCUGCGAGGUCGCCCAGGCCCAGACGGAGGUGACGUGGUACAAGGACGAGAAGAAACUGAAUGCAAGCUCAAAAGUGUGCAUGGAGGCCGCAGGCCGCACCCGGAGGCUGGUGGUGCAGCAGGUGGGGAAGGCGGACGCCGGGGAGUACAGCUGCGAGGCCGGGGGCCAGAGGGUCUCCUUCCGCCUGGGCGUCACAGAGCCGGAGCUUGAGCCCCCAGCCCCGGAGAGACCCAGCCGCAGGGAACCUCUGGUGGUCAGGGAACACGAGGACAUCGUCCUGACCGCCACGUUGGCCACACCCUCUGUGGCUGCGGUGACCUGGCUCAAGGACGGUGUGGAGAUUCGCCGCAGCAAGCGGCACGAGACAGCCAGCCUGGGGAACACCCACACCCUGACGGUGCGUGGUGCGCAGACCAUGGACAGUGCAGUCUACAGCUGUCGCACUGGUUUAGAGGGGCAGGACUUCCCCGUGCAGGUGGAAGAGGUGGCCGCCAAGUUCUGCCGGCCCCUGGAGCCCGUGAGCGGGGAGCUGGGCAGCACGGUGACGCUGACCUGCGAGCUGAGCCCGGCGCAGGCCCAGGUGGUGUGGCGCUGCGGGAACACGCAGCUCCGGGCCGGCAAGCGCUUCCAGAUGGCGGCCUCAGGGCUCCUGCGCUCCCUCACGGUGUCCGGCCUGCGGGCGGAGGACGCGGGCGAGUACGUGUGCGAGAGCCGCGACGACCGCACCAGCGCCAAGCUCACCGUUAGCGUCCCCCGCGUGGUCAAGUUUACGUCGGGGCUGAGCACCGUGGUCGCCGAGGAGGGCUGCGAGGCCACCUUCCAGUGUGUGGUGACCCCCAGCGAUGUGGCGAUCACGUGGUUCCGGGAUGGUGCCCAGCUACGGCCCAGCAAGAAGUUUCUCAUAUCGCAGACGGGCGGCAGCCACAGCCUGACCAUCGUGGGGGUGGCCCUGGAGGACGCCGGCCAGAUCAGUGCAGAGGCGGAGGGCGUCACGUCCGCGGCUGCCCUCCGGGUUCGAGAGGCUCCAGUGUUGUUCAAAAAGAAGCUGGAACCACAGACCGUGGAGGAGAGGAGCACAGUGACCAUGGAGGUGGAGCUGACGCGGCAGUGGCCGGAUGUCAGGUGGACACGCAACGCCAUGGCCCUGGUGCCAGGAAAGAAAGUGGAGAUCCACGCCGAGGGUUCUAGUCACCGUUUGGUCCUCCACAGUGUGGGUUUUGCUGACCGAGGCUUCUAUGGCUGCGAGACACCAGAUGAUAAGACACAGGCCAAGUUGACGGUGGAAACGCGCCAGGUCCGGCUAGUGCGAGGCCUGCAGGCAGUGGAGGCUCAGGAGCAGGGCACAGCUACCAUGGAAGUGGAGCUGUCCCACGCCGACGUGGAGGGCACCUGGACUCGCGACGGCCUACGGCUCCAGCCGGGACCCACGUGCCAGCUGGCAGUGCACGGCCCCACCCACACCCUCACGCUGUCCCAGCUGCAGCAACAGGACAGCGGCCUGGUCGCCUUCAGGGCGGAGGGUGUGCACACGUCGGCGAGGCUGGUGGUCACUGAGCUGCCUGUGACGUUCAGCCGCCCGCUGCAGGACGUGGUGGCCACAGAAAAGGACAAGGUGGUCCUGGACUGCGAGCUGUCGCGCCCCAACGUGGAUGUGUGCUGGUUAAAGGACGGUGUGGAGCUGCGAGCGAGCAAGACAUUGGGUCUGGUAGCCCAGGGGGCCUGCAGGAGUCUCGUCAUUUACUGCUGUGGCCGUGGGGACCAGGGCACAUAUGUGUGUGAUGCCCACGAUGCUCAGAGCUCAGCCUCCCUGAAGGUGCAAGGCCGAAAUGUCCAGAUCGUGAGGCCCCUGGAGGAUGUGGAAGUGAUGGAGAAGGAGGGUGCCACCUUCACCUGUGAGGUCUCCCACGACGAGGUGCCUGCCCAGUGGUUCCAGGAGGGCAGUAAGCUUCGGCCCAGCGACAACGUGCGCAUACGCCAGGAAGGAAGGACAUACACUCUCAUCUAUCGGAGGGUCCUGGUGGAAGAUGCAGGGGAAAUCAAAUUUGUAGCCGAAAAUGCAGAAUCACGAGCCCAGCUCCGAGUAAAAGAGCUGCCAGUGACCAUUCUACGCCCGCUGAGGGACAAGAUCGCAAUGGAGAAGCACCGCGGCGUGCUCGAGUGCCAGAUGUCCAGGGCCAGCGCCCAGGUGCGGUGGUUCAAGGGCAGCGUGGAGCUGCAGCCUGGAGACAAGUAUGAGAUGGUCAGUGACGGCCUCUACCGCAAGCUAAUCAUCGACUCCGUCCAGCCUGAGGACGAGGACACCUAUACCUGUGACGCUGGCGACGUUAAGACCAGUGCCCAGUUCUUUGUAGAAGAGCAAUCCAUCACCAUCGUGCGGGGCCUGCAGGACGUGACCGUGUUGGAGCCAGCCCCUGCCUGGUUCGAGUGUGAGACCUCCAUCCCCUCGGUGAGGCCACCCAAGUGGCUCCUGGGGAAGACGGUGCUGCAGGCUGGGGCUGACGUGGGGAUUGAGCAGGAGGGCACAGUGCACCGGCUGACGCUGCGACGGACGUGCUCUACCAUGACGGGGCCGGUGCACUUCACCAUCGGCAAGUCACGCUCUACUGCCAGCCUGGUCGUCUCAGACAUCCCCGUGGUGCUCACACGGCCACUGGAGCCCAAGGUGGGGCGGGAGCUGCAGUCGGUGGUCCUGUCUUGUGACUUCAAGCCGCCCCCCAAGGCUGUGCAGUGGUACAAGGAGGAGACGCCCCUGGCACCAUCUCACAAGUUCAAGAUGAGGCUGGAGGGCCACAUGGCGGAGCUGCGCAUCCUGCGGCUCACACCCUCGGACACUGGCAUCUACCGGUGCCAGGCUGGCAGCGCCCAGAGUAGCGCUGAGGUCACUGUGGAAGUGCGGGAGGUGACAGUGAAGCAGCCACUGCAGGACUUGGAGGUCACGGAGGAGGGCUCUGCCUGCUUCUCCUGUGAGCUGUCGCACGAGGACGAAGAGGUGGAGUGGUCGCUCAAUGGGACGCCACUGUAUAAUGACAGCUUCCACGAGAUUACCCACGAGGGCCGCCGCCACACACUGGUGCUGAAGCGGGUCCGGCGGGUUGACACGGGCAUCGUGUGUGCUUCCUCCCCCAAGGUUACGGCCUCGGCUCGCCUGAAGGUCAAAGGGAAGCCGGUGGUAUUCCUAAAGGCACUGGAUGACGUCUCUGCAGAGGAGCGGGGCACACUGGCCUUGCAGUGUGAGGUCUCUGACCACCAGGCCAGUGUGGUGUGGCGAAAGGAUGGCGUGGAGCUGGGCCCCAGUGACAAGUAUGACUUCCUGCAUACGGCGGGCACACGGGGACUCGUGGUGCACGACCUGAGCCAGGACGAUGCUGGCCUGUACACCUGCGACGUAGGCACUGACGAGACUCACGCCCAUGUCAGCGUGCAUGACCUGCACGUGGGCAUCACCAAGAGGCUGAAGACCAUGGAGGUGCUGGAGGGCGACAGCUGCCACUUCGAGUGCAUCCUGUCCCAUGAGAACGCUGGCGAUGUGGCCGUGUGGACAGUUGGUGGGAAAACAGUGGGCAGCUCCGGCCGCUUCCGGGCUACACGCCAGGGCCGCAAGUACACUCUGGCAAUCCAAGACGCGGCGCCGAGUGACGCUGGGGAGGUGGUCUUCUCCGUGCGGGACCUCACCUCCAAGGCCUCACUCAUUGUCAGAGAGAGGCCGGUUGACAUCAUGAAGCCGUUGGAGGACCAACAGGCUGUGCUGGGCGAGGAUGUGACGUUGAGGUGUGAGCUUUCACGGGUGGGUACCCCAGUGCGCUGGCUGAAGGAUGGCAAAGCCAUUCGGAAGAGUCAGAAGUAUGAGCUGCUCACCGAGGGCACUCAGGCCACACUCAUCGUCCACGCGGCCUCACUCAAAGAUUCGGGCAACUACACCUGUGAGACAGACACCUCCAAAAGCACAGCCAGCCUCCGCGUGGAAGAAAAGCCUAACCGGUUCACGGAGGAGCUAGCCGAUCUGCAGGUGGAGGAGAAGGGCACGGCUGUGUUCGUCUGUAAGACGGAGCGCCCUGCGGCUACGGUGACCUGGCGCAAGGGCCUCACGGAGCUGCCAGCCUCGGGGAAGCACGUGCCCAGCCAGGAGGGCCUGACCCUGAAGCUCACCAUCAGCGCCCUGGAGAAGGUGGACGGUGACACUUACACCUGUGACAUCGGCCAGGCCCAGUCCCAGGCCCGGCUCCUCGUGCAAGGCCAGAGAGUGCUCAUCACGGAGGACCUGGAGGAUGUGGAGGUGCAGGAGGGCUGCCCGGCCACCUUCUGCUGCCGCAUCUCCCCCGCUGACUACAAGCCCGUCCACUGGUUCUUGGACAAGACCCCCCUGUACGCCAACGAACUCAAUCAGAUCGAGGCCCAGCCGGGCGGCUACCAUGUGCUGACCCUGCGGCAGCUAGCGCUCAAGGACUCAGGCACCGUCCACUUUGAGGCAGGUGACCAGCGGGCCUCGGCCACCCUGCGGGUCACAGAGAAGCCGAGCGUCUUCUCCCAGGAGCUCACAGAUGCCACGGUCACGGAAGGGGAGGACCUGACCCUGGUCUGUGAGACUGCUGCCUCAGACAGCUCUGUGUACUGGACCAAGGACGGGAAGGCCCUGCGGCCUUCAGCCCGGUGCCGGCUGACCUAUGAGGGUCGCCAGGCCCAACUGGUCAUCACUGGCACCACCCUACAAGACAGUGGGCGUUACAAGUGUGAGGCCGGGGGGGCCUGGAGCAGCUCCAUAGUCAGGGUCCAUGCUCGGCCAGUGCGGUUCCGAGAAGGGCUGAAGGACAUGGAGGUGCUGGAGGGUGGUGCAGCUACACUGCGCUGCACGCUGUCAUCGGUAGCCACGCCUGUGGAGUGGCGCUGCGGAGAUGAGGUCCUGCGGUCUGGAGGCAAGUACACCCUGAGGCAGGAGGGUACCAUGCUGGAGCUGGUGGUCCGGGACCUGCAGCCCCAGGACAGCGGGCAAUACUCCUGCUGUGUCGGAGACCAGACAACGUCAGCCAGGCUCACUGUAAAGGCCCAGCCUGCUGAGUUCCUUGGAGGACUGAGAAGCAAGGAGGCCACAGAAGGGACCACAGCCACACUGCGUUGUGAGCUGAGCAAGGAGGCCCCCGUGGAGUGGAGGAAGGGGCCCAAGACCCUCAGAACUGGGGACAGAGUGACCCUGAGGCAGGACGGGGCCGUGUGUGAGCUGGAGAUCCGUGGCCUGACCGUGGCGGAUGCUGGGGAGUACUCGUGCAUGUGUGGGCAGGAGAGAACCUCGGCCACGCUCACUGUCAAGGCCCUGCCUGCUGAGUUCAUAAGAAGACUGAGAAGCAAGGAGGCCGCAGAAGGGACCACAGCCACUCUGCACUGUGAGCUGAGCAAGGAGGCCCCCGUGGAGUGGAGGAAGGGGCCAGAGACCCUCAGAACCGGGGACAGAGUGAGCCUGAGGCAGGAUGGGGCCGUGUGUGAGCUGGAGAUCCGUGACCUGACCGUGGCAGACGCUGGGGAGUACUCGUGCGUGUGUGGGCAGGAGAGAACCUCGGCCACGCUCACUGUCCAGGCCCUCCCCACCAAGUUCACAAAGGGCCUGAGAAAUGAGGAGGCCACGGAAGGGACCACAGCCACACUGCACUGUGAGCUGAGCAAGGAGGCCCCUGUGGAGUGGAGGAAGGGGCCUGAGAUCCUCAGAGCCGGUGACAGAGUGAGCCUGAGGCAGGAUGGGGCCGUGUGUGAGCUGGAGAUCCAUGGCCUGACCAUGGCAGACGCUGGGGAGUACUCGUGCGUGUGUGGGCAGGAGAGAACCUCGGCCAAACUCACCAUCAAGGCCCUGCCCACCAAGUUCACAAAGGGUCUGAGGAAUGAAGAAGCCAUGGAAGGGGCCACGGCUACCCUGCACUGUGAGCUGAGCAAGGCGGCACCUGUGGAGUGGAGGAAGGGGCCCAAGACCCUCCAAUCUGGGGAGAGAGUCAACAUGACGCAGGAUGGAGUCGUAUGUGAGCUGGAGAUCCGUGGCCUGACCGUGGCGGAUGCUGGGGAAUAUUCGUGUGUGUGUGGGCAGGAGAGAACCACGGCCACGCUCACCAUUAAGGCCCUGCCUGCCAAGUUCACAAAGGACCUGAAGAAGGAAGAGGCCACAGAAGGGGCAACAGUCACGCUACACUGUGAGCUGAGCAAGGAGGCCCCUGUGAAGUGGAGGAAGGGGCCAGAGGUCCUGAAAUCUGAGGACAGAGUGAGCCUGAGGCAGGAAGGAGUCAUGUGUGAGCUGGAGAUCCGUGGCCUGACCAUGGCAGACGCUGGGGAGUACUCGUGCGUGUGUGGGCAGGAGAGAACCUCGGCCACGCUCACCGUCAAGGCCCUGCCUGCCAAGUUCAUAAAGGGCCUGAAGAAGGAAGAGGCCACAGAAGGAGCCAGAGCUGUACUGUGCUGUGAGCUGAGCAAGGAGGCCCCCGUGGAGUGGAGGAAGGGGCCCAAGACCCUCAUAUCUGAGGACAGAGUGAGCCUGAGGCAGGAAGGAGUCAUGUGUGAGCUGGAGAUCCGUGGCCUGACCGUGGCGGAUGCUGGGGAGUACUCGUGCGUGUGUGGGCAGGAGAGAACCUCGGCCACGCUCACCGUCAAGGCCCUGCCCAUCAAGUUCACAAAGGGCCUGAAGAAGGAAGAGGCCAAGGAAGGGGAAACAGUUACACUGUGCUGUGAGCUGAGCAAGGAGGCCCCCGUGGAGUGGAGGAAGGGGCCAGAGAUCCUCAAAUCUGGGGACAGAGUCAACAUGAGGCAGGACGGAGUCGUAUGUGAGCUGGAGAUCCGUGGCCUGACCGUGGCGGAUGCUGGGGAAUAUUCAUGCGUGUGUGGGCAGGAGAGAACCACGGCCAUGCUGACCAUCAUGGCCCUGCCUGCCAAGUUCACAAAAGGCCUGAAGAAGGAAGAGGCCACAGAAGGGGCAACAGUCACGCUACACUGUGAGCUGAGCAAGGAGGCCCCUGUGGAGUGGAGGAAGGGGCCAGAGGUCCUGAUAUCUGGGGACAGAGUGAGCCUGAGGAAGGACGGAGUCGUGUGUGACCUGGAGAUCCAUGGCCUGACCAUGGCAGACGCUGGGGAGUACUCGUGCGUGUGUGGGCAGGAGAGAACCUCGGCCACGCUCAACAUCAAGGCCCUGCCUGCUCGGUUCAUCGAAGACUUGAAGACCAAGGAGGCCACAGAAGGGGCCACAGCCACACUGCACUGUGAGCUGAGCAAGGAGGCCCCCGUGGAGUGGAGGAAGGGGCCGGAGACACUCAGAGCUGGGGGCAGAGUGAGCCUGAGGCAGGACGGGGCCAUGUGUGAGCUGGAGAUCCAUGGCCUGACCAUGGCGGAUGCUGGAGAGUACUCGUGCGUGUGUGGGCAGGAGAGAACCACGGCCAUGCUCACCGUCAAGGCCCUGCCUGCCAAGUUCAUAAAGGACCUGAGGAAGGAAGAGGCCACAGAAGGGGCAACAGUCACGCUACACUGUGAGCUGAGCAAGGAGGCCCCUGUGGAGUGGAGGAAGGGGCCAGAGGUCCUGAAAUCUGAGGACAGAGUGAGCCUGAGGCAGGAAGGAGUCAUGUGUGAGCUGGAGAUCCGUGGCCUGGCCAUGGCAGACGCUGGGGAGUACUCGUGCGUGUGUGGGCAGGAGAGAACCUCGGCCACGCUCACCGUCAAGGCCCUGCCUGCCAAGUUCAUAAAGGGCCUGAAGAAGGAAGAGGCCACAGAAGGAGCCAGAGCUGUACUGUGCUGUGAGCUGAGCAAGGAGGCCCCCGUGGAGUGGAGGAAGGGGCCCAAGACCCUCAUAUCUGAGGACAGAGUGAGCCUGAGGCAGGAAGGAGUCAUGUGUGAGCUGGAGAUCCGUGGCCUGACCGUGGCGGAUGCUGGGGAGUACUCGUGCGUGUGUGGGCAGGAGAGAACCUCGGCCACGCUCACCGUCAAGGCCCUGCCCAUCAAGUUCACAAAGGGCCUGAAGAAGGAAGAGGCCAAGGAAGGGGAAACAGUUACACUGUGCUGUGAGCUGAGCAAGGAGGCCCCCGUGGAGUGGAGGAAGGGGCCAGAGAUCCUCAAAUCUGGGGACAGAGUCAACAUGAGGCAGGACGGAGUCGUAUGUGAGCUGGAGAUCCGUGGCCUGACCGUGGCGGAUGCUGGGGAAUAUUCAUGCGUGUGUGGGCAGGAGAGAACCACGGCCAUGCUGACCAUCAUGGCCCUGCCUGCCAAGUUCACAAAGGACCUGAAGAAGGAAGAGGCCAAGGAAGGGGCAAUGGUCAUGCUGCACUGUGAGCUGAGCAAGGAAGCCCCCGUGGAGUGGAGAAAGGGGCUGGAGACCCUCAGACCUGGGGACAGAGUCAACAUGAGGCAGGACGGAGUCAUGUGUGAGCUGGAGAUCCGUGACCUGACCAUGGCAGAUGCUGGGGAGUACUCAUGCGUGUGUGGGCAGGAGAGAACCUCAGCCAUGCUCACUGUCAAGGCCCUGCCUGCCAAGUUCAUUAGGGACCUGAUGAAGGAAGAGGCCACAGAAGGGGCCACAGUGAUGCUGCGUUGUGAGCUGAGCAAGGAGGCCCCCGUGGAGUGGAGGAAGGGGCUGGAGACCCUCAGACCUGGGGACAGAGUCAACAUGAGGCAGGACGGAGUCGUGUGUGAGCUGGAGAUCCGUAAUCUGACCAUGGCAGAUGCUGGGGAGUACUCAUGCGUGUGUGGGCAGGAGAGAACCUCAGCCAUGCUCACCGUCAAGGCCCUGCCUGCCAAGUUCAUUAGGGACCUGAUGAAGGAAGAGGCCACAGAAGGGGCCACAGUGAUGCUGUGUUGUGAGCUGAGCAAGGAGGCCCCCGUGGAGUGGAGGAAGGGGUCGGAGACCCUCAGAACUGGGGACAGAGUGAGCCUGAGGCAGGACGGGGUCCUCUGUGAGCUGAAGAUCCAUGGCCUGACUAUGGCAGACACUGGGGAGUACUCGUGCGUAUGUGGGCAGGAGAGAACCUCGGCCACACUCAUCGUCAAGGCCCUGCCCAUCAAGUUCACAAAGGGACUGAAGAAGGAAGAGGCCAAGGAAGGGGCAACAGUUACACUGUGCUGUGAGCUGAGCAAGGAGGCCCCCGUGGAGUGGAGGAAGGGGACAGAGAUCCUCAGACCUGGAGACAGAGUCAACAUGAGGCAGGACGGGGCCGUGUGUGAGCUGGAGAUCCGUGACCUGACCAUGGCAGAUGCUGGGGAGUACUCGUGCGUGUGUGGGCAGGAGAGAACCUCGGCCACACUCACCGUCAAGGUCCUACCUGCCAAGUUCAUAAAGGGCCUGAAGAAGGAAGAGGCCACAGAAGGAGCCAGAGCUGUACUGUGCUGUGAGCUGAGCAAGGAGGCCCCCGUGGAGUGGAGGAAGGGGCCCAAGACCCUCAAAUCUGAGGACAGAGUGACCCUGAGGCAGGACGGAGUCAUGUGUGAGCUGGAGAUCCGUGGCCUGACCAUGGCGGAUGCUGGGGAGUACUCGUGCGUGUGUGGGCAGGAGAGAACCUCGGCCACACUCACCGUCAAGGCCCUGCCUGCUGAGUUCAUAGGCAGAAUGAGAAGCAAGGAAGCCACAGAAGGGGCCACAGUCACCCUGCACUGUGAGCUGAGCAAGGAAGCCCCUGUGGAGUGGAGGAAGGGGCUCAAGACCCUCAGAGCUGAGGACAGAGUGAGCCUGAGGCAGGACGGGGCCGUGUGUGAGCUGGAGAUCCGUGACCUGACCAUGGCAGAUGCUGGGGAGUACUCAUGCGUGUGUGGGCAGGAGAGAACCUCGGCCACGCUCACCGUCAAGGCCCUGCCUGCCAAGUUCACAAAGGACCUGAGGAAGGAAGAGGCCACAGAAGGGACCACAGCUACACUGCGCUGUGAGCUGAGCAAGGAGGACCCCGUAGAGUGGAGGAAGGGGCCCAAGAUCCUAAAAUCUGAGGACAGAGUGACCCUGAGGCAGGACGGGGCCGUGUGUGAGCUGGAGAUCUGUGACCUGACCAUGGCAGAUGCUGGGGAGUACUCGUGCAUGUGUGGGCAGGAGAGAACCUCGGCCACCCUCACCGUCAAGGCCCUGCCCAUCAAGUUCACAAAGGGACUGAAGAAGGAAGAGGCCAAGGAAGGGGCAACAGUUACACUGCGCUGUGAGCUGAGCAAGGAGGCCCCUGUGGAGUGGAGGAAGGGGUCAGAGGUCCUCCAGUUUGGGGACAGAGUCAACCUGAGGCAGGACGGAGUUGUGUGUGAGCUGGAGAUCUGUGGCCUGAUCAUGGCAGACGCUGGGGAGUACUCGUGCGUGUGUGGGCAGGAGAGAACCUCGGCCAUGCUGACCAUCAUGGCCCUGCCUGCCAAGUUCAUAAAGGACCUGAGGAAGGAAGAGGCCACAGAAGGGGCCACAGUGAUGCUGUGUUGUGAGCUGAGCAAGGAGGCCCCCGUGGAGUGGAGGAAGGGGCCAGAGACCCUCAGAACCGGGGACAGAGUGAGCCUGAGGCAGGAUGGGGCCGUGUGUGAGCUGGAGAUCCGUGACCUGACCGUGGCAGAUGCUGGGGAAUAUUCAUGCGUGUGUGGGCCGGAGAGAACCUCGGCCACGCUCACCGUCAAGGCCCCGCAGGUGGUGUUCAGGGAGCCACUGCAGAGCCUGCAGGCUGAGGAAGGCGCGUCAGCCACCUUGCAGUGUGAGCUGUCGGAGCCCAGUGUCGCUGUGGUCUGGAGUAAGGGUGGCCUGGAGCUGCAGGCUGACGGGCGCCGUGAGACACGGCGGCGGGGCUGUGUGGCAGAGCUGAUGCUGCGGGACUUGCGUCGGGACGAUGCUGGGGAAUACACCUGCGCCUGCGGCUCCCAGGCCACCAGCGCCACCCUCACCAUCACAGCUGCACCCGUGAGGUUCCUUCGGGAGCUGCAGGCCCAGGAGGUAGACGAGGGCACGACGGCACGCCUGCGCUGCGAGCUGAGCCGGGCAGGUGGCAGCGUGGAGUGGCGCAAGGACUCCCUGCAGCUCUUCCCCUGCGCCAAGUACCAGAUGGUGCUGGAUGGCACAGCCGUUGAGCUGCUGGUGCACGGCGCCGAGCAGGAGGACGCCGGCCACUACACCUGCGACACGGGCCAUGCCCAGAGCACCGCCAGGCUCUCUGUCCGCGCCCCCAGGCCUGUGUUUAAGACGGAGCUGCAGAGUGCAGAGCAGGAGGUGGGCGGUGUGGCCCGGCUGUGCUGCCAGCUGAACGACUCGGAGCCUGGGGCCCCCGUGCUGUGGCUCAAGGAGGGUUUGGAACUGCAAAUGAGUCCCAAGUAUGAGAUGCGGCGCCAGGGGACCACAUGUGAGCUGCUGAUCCACGGGCUUGAGGCCAAGGACACCGGGGAGUACACCUGCAUGGUGGGCAGCCAGAAAACCUUGGCCUCCCUCAAAGUCAAAGAGCCCGAGGUGACCAUUGUGCGGGGCCUGGUUGACAUCGAGGCACAGGCCGACGGGGAAGCAGAGUUCAGCUGUGAGGUGUCUCGGGCUGGGGCCGUGGACGUGGAGUGGCGCCUCCAGGGCCUGCCACUGCAGAGCAACGAGGUGACGGAGGUGGGCGUGCGGGGUGGCUGCACCCACACACUGAGGCUGAAGGGCGUGACUCCCGAGGACGCAGGCACUGUCUCCUUCCACGUGGGCCUCCACACAUCCUCUGCUCAACUCACCGUGCGAGUCCCUGAAGUGACCAUCUUGGAGCCCCUGCAGGAUGUGCAGCUCAGCGAGGGCCAGGACGCCCACUUCCAGUGCCGGCUGUCCAGGGCUGUGGGCCAGGAGGCCCACUGGGCCCUGGGAGGGGUGCCCCUGCAGGCCAACGAGAUGAACGACAUCACAGUGAAGCACGGCACACUCCACCUGCUCACCCUGCACAAGGUGACCCUUGAAGAUGCCGGAACCAUCAGUUUCCAAGUGGGUUCUUGUAGUUCAGAGGCUCAGCUGAAGGUCACAGAGGCAGCGCGGUGCCUGAUACGUGGCUUACAGAACGUGGACGUCUUUGCGGGGGAGGUGGCCACGUUCUCCUGUGAGGUGUCCCGUGCAGGUGGGCCGGAGGCCCGCUGGUGGCUGGAUGGGACCCUGCUGCAGGACGGCCCCCAGAGUGCCAUCUCCGUGCGUGAUGGGACCUUCCACUCCCUCACGCUCUCAGGCCUGGGGGUUGCCGACUCGGGCACCAUCACCUACCGUGCAGGGCCCCUGGUCUCCACGGCCAAGUUGUUGGUCAAAGAUCCCACAGUGGAGGUGGUCAGUGCCAUGCAGGAUCUGGCAGUGGAGGAGGGUGGCCCGGCUGAGCUCCUCUGCCAGUACUCACGGCCCGUGCAGGCCACAUGGAAGAUGGACGAGCAGGAGGUGUGCGCCGACGGGCGCCGAGUCGUCAUAGAGCAGGACUGGACCGUGGCCAGGCUGUCCUUCAGGCCGGCCUUGCCCUGUGACAGUGGCAUCUAUUCUUGUGAGGCCGCGGGCACCCGCGUGGUGGCCCUGCUCCAAGUGCAAGCCAAGAACACGGUGGUGAAGGGCCUGGAGAAUGUGGAGGCACCCGAGGGCGGCGAGGCGCUGUUCGAGUGCCGCUUGUCCCGGCCAGAGGUGGCCGCCCACACCUGGCUGCUGGACGACCAGCCGGUGCACACCUCUGAGAACGUCGAGGUGGUCUACUUCGACAACGGCCUGCGGCACCUGCUGCUGCUCAAAAACCUGAGGCCGCAGGACAGCUGCCGGGUGACCUUCCUGGCGGGGGACAUGGUGACUUCUGCAUUCCUCACAGUCAGAGGCUGGCGCUUGGAGAUCUUGGAGCACCCCCGGGAUGUGACCGUGCGAACCGGGGGAAAAGCCAGCUUCAGCUGCACGCUCAGCGAGGCGGUGCUGGUGGGCGAAGCAACCUGGUACAUCAAUGGGGCUGCCGUGCAGCCGGACGAUGCCGACUGGACAGUCACCGCUGACGGCAGCCACCACUCCCUGCUGCUGCACCGGGCCCAGCUGCGCCACGCCGGCGAGGUCACCUUUGCUGCCCGGGAUGCCGUGGCCUCGGCCCGGCUCACUGUGCUGGGCCUCCCCGACCCCCCUGAAGAUGCGGAGGUGGUGGGGUGCAGAGGCAGCUCCGUGACGUUGUCUUGGGUGGAGCCCACCAGCGACGGUGGGGGCGGCCUCUGUGGCUAUCGGGUAGAGAUGAAGGCCGCGGCCACAGGAGCGUGGGAGCUGUGCCACGAGCUGGUACCUGGCCCCGAGUGCGUGGUGGAUGGCCUGGCCCCAGGGGAGGCCUACCGCUUCCGCGUGGCCGCAGUGGGCCCUGCGGGGGCCGGGGAGCCCGUGUACCUGCCCCAGACAGUGAGGCUGGAAGAGCCCCAGGAGCCCACACCUGUGCCCCCUGCACCCGAGAGCCGGCAGGUGGCAGUCGGGGAGGAUGUUUGUCUAGAGUGCGAGGUGGCCGAGGCUGGCGAGGUCGUCUGGCUGAAGGGAACAGAGCGCAUCCAGCCCAGUGGGCGCUUCCAGGUUCUCUGCCAGGGCCAGCGGCAGACGCUGGUGAUCCGGGGCUUCUCAGCGGAGGACCAGGGCGAGUACCGCUGCGGCCCGGUCCAGGACCCGGCCUCUGUGGCAGCUGCUGCCUUCCAGGUGGUGCUGACCCCAGAAUCUGGGGAUGAGGUCCCGGCGCAGCCCAGCCUUCCCCCUGAGGCGGCCCAGGAAGGGGACCUGCACCUGCUGUGGGAGGCCCUGGCCCGGAAGCGCCGCAUGAGCCGCGAGCCGACGCUGGACUCCAUCAGCGAGCUCCCCGAGGAGGACGGACGCCCACAGAGCCUACGGCACGAGGUGGAGGAGGUGGCUCCCGACCUCUCUGAGGACUACUCCACGGCCGACGAGCUGGCACGCACUGGCGAGGCCGACCUCUCGCACACCAGCUCUGAUGACGAGUCCCGGGCGGGCACGCCUUCCCUGGUCACCUACCUCAAGAAGGCUGGGAGGCCCGGUGCCUCACCACUGGCCAGCAAGGUUGAGGCUCCAGCAGCCCCCUCUGGGAAGCCACAGAAGCAGCAGGAGAAGCCAGCUGCAGAGCGCCAACCGCUAGGGGACCUGAGUGCCAAGGACCAGGGUGACCUGUCCAUGGACAAGGCAGCUGUGAAGAUCCAGGCUGCCUUCAAGGGUUACAAGGUUCGGAAGGAGAUGCAGCAACAGGAGGGGCCUGUGUUUUGCCGCACGUUUGGGGACACUGUGGCACAGGUGGGGGAUGUCCUGCACCUGGAGUGCGUCGUGUCCAGCAAGACAGAUGUGCGUGCCCACUGGCUGAAGGAUGGCGUGGAGCUGACCGACGGCCGGCACCACCACAUUGACCAGCUUGGGGAUGGCACCUGCUCUCUGCUGGUCACCAGCCUGGGCCGGGCCGAUGCUGGCCGCUAUACCUGUCAGGUGAGCAACAAGUUCGGCCACGUGACCCACAGUGCCUGUGUGGUGGUCAGUGGGACGGAGAGCGAGACCGAGAGUUCCUCCGGCGGUGAACUGGAUAACACCUUCCGCCGGGCAGCCCGGCGGCUGCACCGCCUCUUCCGCACCAAGGGCCCAGCAGAUGUUUCAGACGAGGAGAUCUUCUUCAGUGCUGACGAGGGCAAGGCAGAGCCCGAGGAGCCUGGGGACUGGCAGACGUACCGUGAAGACGAGAACUUCGUCUGCAUCCGCUUCGAGACACUUGCCGAGGCCCACCGGGCGGCCACCUGCUUCCGGGAGAUGUUCAGCUCACAGGGCAUCGGAGUGGACGUCACUCUGUUGGAGCAGGGGCUGCAGGGGGUGGAGAUGCGCAUUGGCAAGGGGGCCUCCACCCCUGCAGCCCCUCCGGAGCCAGGGCUGACCUCAGAGGCUGCCCCGGUGUUCCUGACUGAGCUGCAGAAUCAGGAAGUGCUGGAUGGGUACCCUGUGAGCUUUGACUGUGUGGUGACAGGCCAACCCAUGCCCACUGUACGCUGGUUCAAGGACGGGAGGGUGCUGGAGGAGGACGACCACUACAUGAUCAGCGAGGACCAGCAGGGCGGCCACCAGCUCAUCAUCACGGCUGUGGUGCCGGCAGACAUGGGUGUCUACCGCUGCCUGGCCGAGAACAGCGUGGGUGUGUCCUCCACCAAGGCAGAGCUCCGUGUGGACUUGACCAGCACAGACUACGACACUGCUGCGGAUGCCACGGAGACCUCGUCCUAUUUCAGCGCCCAAGGCUACCUGUCCAGCCGGGAACAAGAGGGCACGGAGUCGACCUCAGAGGAGGGGCAGCUGCCCCAGGUGGUAGAGGAGUUGACAGACCUGCAGGUGGCCCCUGGCACACGCCUGGCCAAGUUCCAGCUCAAGGUGAAAGGCUACCCCACGCCCCGACUGUACUGGUUCAAAGACGGGCAGCCCCUGACCGCGUCUGCGCACAUCCGCAUGGCUGACAAGAAGAUGCUGCACACCCUGGAGGUUGUCUCGGUCACCAAGGAGGAUGCCGGCCAGUACUCUGCCUACGUCAGUAACUCCGUGGGCGCUGCCUACUCAUCUGCUCGGCUGUGGGUCCGAGGCCCCAGCGAACCAGAAGAGAAGCCAGCAUCAGAUAUACAUCAACAGCUGGUGCCACCCCGAUUCCUGGAGAAGUUCACCUCAAAGAAGGUGAAGAAGGGCUCCAGCAUCACCUUCUCAGUGAAGGUUGAAGGACACCCGCCCCCAGUGGUGCAUUGGCUGCGGGAGGAGGCUGAGCAGGGUGUGCUGUGGAUCGGCCGCCACACGCCGGGCUACACCGUGGCCAGCUCUGCCCAGCAGCACAGCCUGGUCCUGCUGGAUGUGGAUCGACAGCACCAGGGCACCUACACCUGCAUCGCCACCAAUGCUGCUGGCCAGGCCCUCUGUUCUGCCAGCCUGCACGUCUCUGGCCUACCUAAGGAGGCACGGGCAGCGGAAGAACAGACCAUGGUGAAGGAGGCCCUCAUCUCUACCUUCCUGCAGGGGACCCAAGCUGUUUCUGCACAGAUGUCGGAAACUGCAGGUUUCACCGACCUUGCCGGGCAGAGGAAAGGAGAGCUUCUGGCGGCAGAGGCCCCUGGCCACUUGUCCUUGGCUGAAGUGGGCACGGAGGAGUUCCUGAAGAAGCUCACUUCGCAGAUCACGGAGAUGGUGUCAGCCAAGAUCACGCAGGCCACGCUGCAGGUGCCCGGAGUUGACAGUGACGAGGAGUCCAAGACGCCGUCGGCGUCCCCCCGGCAUGGCCGUUCCCGCCCCUCCUCCAGCGUCCAGGAGUCGUCCUCAGAGUCAGAGGAUGGAGACUCCCGGGGCGAGAUCUUUGACAUCUACGUGGUCACGGCUGACUACCUGCCCCUCGGGGCUGAGCAGGACGCCAUCCUGCUGCGAGAGGGCCAGUACGUGGAGGUACUGGACUCGGCCCACCCGCUGCGCUGGCUUGUGCGCACCAAGCCCACCAAGUCCAGCCCCUCCCGGCAAGGCUGGGUGUCCCCUGCCUAUCUGGACAAGCGGCUCAAGCUGUCACCUGAGUGGGGGCCAGCUGAGGCUCCUGAGUUCCCUGGGGAGGCCCUGUCGGAGGAUGAGUACAAGACAAGGCUGAGCUCCAUCAUCCGGGAGCUGCUGAGCUCGGAGCAGGCCUUCGUGGGUGAGCUGCAAUUCCUGCAGAGCCACCACAUGCAGUACCUGGACCACUGCCCCCACGUGCCCACGGCCGUGGCCAGCCAGAAGGCAGUCAUUUUCCGAAACGUGGAGGACAUCAGCCACUUCCACAGCAGCUUCCUGAAGGAGCUGCGUGGCUGCGACACGGAUGACGAUGUGGCCAUGUGCUUCAUCAAGAGCCAGGCGGCCUUUGAGAAGUAUCUGGAGUUCCUGGUGGGCCGAGUGCAGGCCGAGUCGGUGAUGGUCAGCACAGCCGUGCAGGAGUUCUACAAGAAAUACACAGAGGAGGUGCUGUCAGCCGCAGACCCCUCGCAGCCACCCCCGCCGCCGCUGCAGCAUUUCCUGGAGCAACCAGUGGAGAGGGUCCAGCAGUACCAGGCAUUGCUCAAGGAGCUGAUCCGCAACAAGGCGCGGAACGGGCAGAACUGUGCGCUGCUGGAGCAAGCGUAUGCCGUGGUGUCGGCCCUGCCGCAGCGCGCCGAGAACCAGCUGCACGUGUCCCUGAUGGAAAACUACCCGGGCACCCUGGAGGCCCUGGGCGAGCCCAUCCGCCAGGGCCACUUCAUUGUGUGGGAGGGGGCGCCAGGCGCUCGGAUGCCAUGGAAGGGCCACCACCGGCACGUCUUCCUGUUCCGCCACCACCUGGUGGUCUGCAAGCCCAAGCGGGACUCGCGCACCGACACCUUCAGCUACGUCUUUCGGAACAUGAUGAAGCUGAGCAACAUCGACCUGAAUGACCAGGUGGAGGGCGAUGACCGUGCCUUCGAGAUUUGGCACGAGAGGGAGGACUCCGUGCGCAAGUACCUGCUACAGGCUCGGACGGUCAUCACCAAGAACUCUUGGGUGAAGGAGAUUUGUGGCAUUCAGCAGCGCCUGGCCCUGCCCGUCUGGCGUGCCCCGGAUUUCGAAGAGGAGCUCGCUGACUGCACAGCCGAGCUGGGUGAGACAGUCAAGCUGGCCUGCCGUGUGACGGGCACACCCAAACCCAUUGUCAGCUGGUACAGAGAUGGGAAGCCAGUGGAGGUGGACCCUCACCACAUCCUCAUCGAAGACCCUGAUGGCUCGUGCACCCUCAUCCUGGACAACCUGACUGGUGUCGACUCUGGCCAGUACAUGUGCUUUGCAGCCAGUGCUGCUGGCAAUGCCAGCACUCUGGGCAAGAUCCUGGUGCAAGUCCCUCCUCGGUUUGUGAACAAGGUCCGGGCAGUGCCCUUUGCGGAGGGAGAGGACGCCCAGAUCACCUGCACCAUUGAAGGUGCCCCGCACCCUCAGAUCAGGUGGUACAAGGAUGGGGCUCUGCUGACCCCAGGAGGCAAGUACCGGGUCCUGAGCGAGCCCCGCAGUGGCCUGCUGGUACUGGAGGUCCGGGCAGCCAGCAAGGAGGACCUGGGCUUCUACGAGUGUGAGUUGGUGAACCGGCUGGGCUCCAAGCGGGGUGGUGCAGAGCUGUUCAUGCAGAGCCCGGCGCUGCAGGCCCGAGAUCAGCACCGCAGGGAGCAGCUUGCUGCCGUGGAAGAUACUACUGUCCCACCCCCAGCUGCUCUGGAGCAAGCAGACCAGGAGAUCACAUCCAUCCAGAGGACGCUGGUGUGCCCGGAGUCUCCAGGACCCUCCGCAGGGGACCAGAUCAGCCCUGGCCCCAGACCCGGAGACCCACCUGAAGUCCAGGAGGCCGGCCCGAAGCCCCCAGGCACAGAGGCUGCAGAAGCACCUGACGAGCCCCAGGCGGUGCCACAAGCUCUCCCCAGUAAGGGCCUGGAGCAGGACUCGCAGGCCCACACUGAGGCCCAGGAACGCAUUGUGCCCAUCCGGAUGGAGGGCGCUGCCUGGCCCCCGGCAGGUGCAACAGAGCUCUGGGACAUCCACAGCCACGUGUUCACAGAGACCACGCACAGGACUUUUGUGUACCAGGCCAGCGAUUCGGGUGCCGCAAGGCCCCCAUCCAUGCAAGUGACCAUCGAGGAUGUGCAGGCCCAGAGGGGCGGCACGGCGCAGUUCCAGGCCGUCAUUGAGGGCAGCCCGCAGCCCACGGUGACCUGGUACAAGGACAGCGUCCAGCUGGUGGAUAAUCCCCGACUCAGCCAGCAACAGGAAGGGACCACAUACUCUCUGGUGCUAAGGGACGUGGCCCAGCAUGACGCUGGUGUCUACACAUGCCUGGCCCGCAACGCUGGUGGCCAGGUCCUGUGCAAGGCAGAGCUGCUGGUCCAUGGGGCUACCUCCUCCCUGGCUACAGGGGACAGUGAGCAAAGCUAUCGGAGGAAACUGCACUCCUUCUACGAGGUCAAGGAGGAAAUUGGAAGGGGCGUGUUCGGCUUCGUGAAGAGGGUGCAGCACAAGGGCAACCAGAUGUCCUGCGCCGCCAAGUUCAUUCCCCUGCGGAGCAGGACGCGUGCCCAGGCCUAUCGGGAGCGGGACAUCCUCGUAGGGCUGAGUCACCCGCUGGUCACUGCGCUGCUGGACCAGUUUGAGACCCGCAAGACCCUGAUCCUCAUUCUGGAGCUAUGCUCGUCGGAGGAGCUGCUAGACCGCCUGUUCAAGAAGAGCGUGGUGACAGAGGCUGAGGUCAAGGUCUACAUCCAGCAGCUGGUGGAGGGGCUGCACUAUCUGCACAGCCAUGGCAUCCUCCACCUGGACAUAAAGCCCCCCAACAUCCUGAUGGUGCAUCCCGCUCGGGAAGACAUUAAAAUCUGUGAUUUUGGCUUUGCCCAAAAAAUCACCCCGACAGAGCCACAGUACAGCAAGUACGGCUCCCCUGAGUUUGUGGCUCCUGAGAUCAUAGAGCAGACCCCUGUGAGCGAGGCCUCUGACAUCUGGGCCAUGGGGGUCAUCUCCUACCUCAGCCUGACCUGCUCGUCCCCGUUUGCUGGCGAGAGUGACCGAGCAACACUCCUGAAUGUUCUGGAGGGGCGGGUGUCCUGGAGCAGCCCCAUGGCUGCCCACCUGAGUGAGGAUGCCCAAGACUUCAUCAAGGCUGCCCUGCAGAGGGCCGCAGAGGCUCGGCCCAGCGCUGCCAAGUGCCUUGCCCACCCCUGGUUCCUGAAGUCUGUGCCCGCGGAGGAGGCCCACUUCAUCAACACGAAGCAGCUGAAGUUCCUUCUGGCCCGCAGCCGCUGGCAGCGCUCCCUGAUGAGCUACAAGUCCAUUUUGGUGAUGCGCUCCAUCCCAGAGCUGCUCCAGGGCCCUCCUGACAGCCCGUCUCUCGGGGUGGCCCGGCACCUGCACGGCCACGCCAGCGCCUCCUCCAGCAGCUCCUCCUCCUCCGACAACGAGCUGGCGCCGUUUGCCCGGGCCAAGUCACUGCCGCCCUCCCCGGUGACCCACUCCCCGCUGCUGCACCCCCGGGGCUUCCUGCGGCCCUCGGCCAGCCUGCCUGAGGAGGCCGAGGCCUGCCUACCAGCCGCAGCUGCUCCUGUGCCCGCAUCACCCCAGGGCGCAGAGCCACCGGCUGCGCUGGGCUGUGUGCCCCGGCAGAGCAUCAUCCGCAGCCUGUUCUACCAGCAGGUGGGCGAGGGCCCGGAGCUCGGGGGCCCAGCUGCGGGCAGCAGGCGGCACCCGGCCCGGCGGCGGCACCUGCUCAAGGGCGGCUACUUCUCCGGAGCCCUGCCCGGCCUUCGAGAGCCACUGCUGGAACACCGCGCGCUGGAGGAGGAGGCCGCCAGGGAGGAGCAGGCUGCCCUGAUGGCCGGAACACUCUCCUUUGAGACCACCCAGCAGAUGCCUGCUGCAGGCACCCACGAGGCCUCCAGCCGCAGCCGCUCCCUGGACCUCGACCAGCCAAACACUGCCAGCCCCUCCACCAAGACCUGCAGCAAGGGGCAGUGUCCAGCUCCGGCCUCCUCCAGCCUGCACGGGGCCCGAGGAGAGAGCAUGCCUGGAGGCAACGCGUGUGCCAGGAGGAUGGAGCGACCCGAGGCGUCCCUGCAGGGACUGAGACUGUUUCCAUCCACCAGUGGUGAUGGGUGCUCCACUCAGCAAGGGGGGCCGUUCCAGGACAGCUCUGGAGGGCAGGCCACCUCUUCCUUUCAACCCCAGUGGAGUCCUGCCCCCCAGGAGGGCUGUGGCCCCCCUGCUGCUGUUGUACCGCGACCUCCUGGCUCCUUCCCUCCAGGACACGACACAGAGGCCCUCGUGACACCCCUGAGCCUUUUCAUCUCAGGAGAGCCGAAGGCUUCCUCCUCCCCAGCCCCAGCAAGCUCCCAGGCAGACUCUAAGACGGGGCUGAAGGACAGCCCUCUUCCCAGGAGGCCUGGUACCCCCAGCUCCCCAGGGUCAGCUUCCCCAAAGGGCACGGAGCCCAGCCCCUCCCUGGACGCUGAAGGCCUGGCUCAGGAGACGGAGGACCUGUCCCAGUCUUCGCCCGGCCCACAGCGGCCUCAGGAGCAGGCGACCACACGGAAGUUCUCCCUGGGAGGCCGUGGGGGCUAUGCGGGGGUGGCGGGCUACGGCACCUUUGCCUUUGGUGGGGAUGCUGAUGGCAUGCUGGGGCAGGGCCCCAUGUGGGCCAAGAUGGCCUGGGCUGCCUCUCAGUCCUCAGAGGAGCAGGACGAGGCAGGGGCCCAGAGCCCAUCCCCUCAGGCGAGCACAGUGCCACUCCCUGAGGGUGACAAGGCCCCCCAGAGAGCCUCCCAGGAGUUGGGCUUAUGGGAAGACUUAAGUGAGGGUUCCCAGGUGUCACUUGUACAGAUCCGGGACCUGUCCAGGGACCCAGAGGCGGCUGACACUGUGUCACUGGACAUCUCAGAGGUGGAUCCUGCCUACCUCAACCUGUCUGACUUGUACGACAUCAAAUACCUCCCGUUUGAGUUCAUGAUCUUCAGGAAGGUCCCCAAGCCUAUGAAGCCAGAGCUGCAGUCCUCCCCUGAGUCUGAGGCUGAAGAGGAACUGGCUGAGCUCCCGGAGGCCGCGUGGCCCUGGUCAGGCACGCUGGGCCCGCCCACCAGCCUGGAGAUCACAGAGGAGCCAGAGGACGUGGGGGCCCUGCUUGGGGAGGCUGCCGGUGGCCGGAAGCGGAAGUGGUCACCCCCCUCCAGAAGCUUCUUCCACUUCCCGGGGAGGCACUCGCUGCUAGAGGAGCCAGCAGAGCUGGGGCUACGCCGGAGGGUGAGGGCCUCGGUGGCCCACAUCUCCCGCCUCCUGAGGGGCAGGCCUGAAGGUGUGGAGAAGGAGAGCCCCCCCAGGAAGAAGGCCGGCCUGGCUUCCUUCCGGCUGUCAGGCCUGAAGAGCAAGGACCGAGCGCCAUCAUUCCUGAGGGAGCUGUCGGACGAGGUGGUGGUCCUGGGCCAGUCUGUGACUCUGGCCUGCCAAGUGUCAGCCCAGCCCACUGCACAGGCCACGUGGAGUAAAGACGGGGCUCCUCUCGAGAGCAGCAGCCGCCUCCUCAUAUCCUCCACGCUCAAGAACUUCCAGCUUCUGACCAUCUUAGUGGUGACAGCUGAGGACCUGGGGGUGUACACGUGCAGUGUGCGCAAUGCUCUGGGGACGGUGGCCACCACGGCUGUCCUCCGGAAGGCAGAGCGCCCCUCCUCCUCCCCGCGCCCGGACAUUGGGGAGGUCUAUGCCGAUGGGGUGCUGCUGGUCUGGAAGCCUGUGGAGUCGUGUGGCCCUGUGACCUACAUCGUGCAGUGCAGCCUGGAAGGCGGCAGCUGGAGCACGCUGGCCUCGGACAUCUUUGACUGCUGCUACCUCACCGGCAAGCUUUCUCGGGGCGGGGCGUACACCUUCCGGACAGCCUGUGUCAGCAAGGCGGGCAUGGGCCCCUACAGCAGCCCCUCGGAGCAGGUCCUCCUGGGAGGGCCCAGCCACCUGGCCUCGGAAGAGGAGAGCGGUGCCUCAGGGCCAGCCCAGCCCCUCCCCAGCACGCAGACCUUCACCUUCCAGACACAGAUCCGAAGGGGCCGCUUCAGCGUGGUGCGCCAGUGGCGGGAGAAGGCCAGUGGGCGCGUGCUGGCUGCCAAGAUCGUGCCCUACCGCCCCGAGGACAGGACGGCCGUGCUGGGAGAGUACGAGGCCCUCAAGAGCCUGCGGCACCCGCACCUGGCGCAGCUGCAGGCCGCCUACCUCAGCCCGCGGCACCUGGUCCUCAUCCUGGAGCUGUGCUCCGGGCCUGAGCUGCUCCCCUGCCUGGCUGAGAGGGCCUCCUACUCGGAGUCAGAGGUGAAGGACUACCUGUGGCAGAUGCUGAGCGCCACCCAGUACCUGCACGCCCAGGGCAUCCUGCACUUAGACCUCAGGUCUGAGAACAUGAUCGUCACGGAGUACAACCUGCUGAAGGUCAUCGACUUGGGAAACGCCCAGAGCUUCGCCCAGCAGAGGGCGCUGCCCUCAGAGAGGUUCAAGGACUACGUAGAAACCAUGGCUCCGGAGCUCCUAGAGGGUCAGGGUGCCGUCCCGCAGACCGACAUCUGGGCCAUAGGCGUCACAGCCUUCAUCAUGCUGAGCGCCGAGUACCCAGUGAGCAGCGAGGGAACACGCAACCUGCAGAAAUCCUUGCGCAAGGGGCUCAUCCAGCUGGGCCGCUGCUACGCGGGGCUGUCCGGGGGCGCUGUGGCCUUCCUGCGCAGCACGCUGUGCGCACACCCCUGGGGCCGGCCAUGUGCGUCCAGCUGCCUGCAGUGCCCGUGGCUGACGGAGGAGGGUCCAGCGCGCUCCCCACCCGCGGCCGUGACCUUCCCCACUGCGCGUCUGCGCGCCUUCGUGGGAGAGCGCGAGAAGAGGCGGGCCCUGCUGUACAAAAAGCACAACCUGGCCCAGGUGCGCUGAACGCUGGGCCACGUCCCUCCGUCUCCCAGGACUCGCUGCAUCUGCACAGACAUGUCAAUAAAAAGCAGAACUGGCU